AUGAAGGUGGAUGAAUUGGAAGAGGUCAGUGAUUACUAUCAAAACAGGGGUCGCUUUGAUGAAAUCAUAUUUGUGCUGUCAGAACUGAAAAGAAUAGCAAUGAUGAAGAUCUUGAUGGUGGCAUGUACUUUGGUAUCUCUUUUAGUAAGAGCAGUACUAGUUCAUGGUUGGACUGCAGCCCAUGCUACAUUUUAUGGAGAGGCUGAUGCCUCUGGAACUAUGGGAGGUGCUUGUGGGUAUGGUAAUAUGUACACUUUUGGAUAUGGGACAAAUACUGCAGCUCUAAGCAGCGCUCUGUUUAACAAUGGGGCAUUGUGUGGAGCUUGCUAUGAAAUAAAGUGUGAUGCCACAAAAGUUCCUCAAUGGUGUCUGGCUGGCAAAUCCAUUAUAAUCACUGCUACUAAUUUUUGCCCUCCUAAUAAUGCCCUGCCGAAUGACAAUGGAGGGUGGUGCAAUUUGCCUCUUCAGCAUUUUGACUUGUCACAGCCUGCCUUCCUGCAGAUUGCCAAAUACAGAGCUGGAAUUGUUCCAGUUAUGUAUAGAAGGACUCCUUGCAAGAAAAGUGGGGGAAUACGCUUUGGCAUAAAUGGGAGAGACUACUUUGAGUUAGUGCUGAUAAGCAAUGUGGGUGGAAGAGGGGAUAUUACAGCAGCAUGGAUAAAAGGAUCAAACACUGGAUGGCAACAGAUGAGCAGAAACUGGGGAGCCAAUUGGCAGAGUAAUUCUUAUCUGAAUGGACAGAGUUUGUCAUUAAGAGUGAUGGACAGCAAAGGAAGAAUUCUGACCAUGUCCAAUGUGGUUCCUUCCAAUUGGAAAUUUGGCCAAACAUUUGCUUCCUCUCAAAAUUUCAUAUAA